AUGGAAAUGUUGCAUGAAAUAUUGGACACAAUAGAUGUUAGUAAUGAGAAAAACACAAUGGAAAUAGUAAACAAGGAAGUUUCUGAGGAAGACAUUGUAGUCGAAUCUGAGAUUGCAGAGGAUUCUGUAGAGACAGAAAUAGAAGAAAUUGUAGAAAUAAUAGAAGUAGAAGAUGAAGAAUCGUCACAGGAUGGUUCUUUUGUGGAAAAUAAAGAUUUGAAUGGAACUUCAGAAAUGGAAGUUUAUGCAUAUGAAGCAAGUGAUACAGUUGAAGAAAUGGAUAUUAUAAAAGAUAGCAGAGAAAAGGAAGAGGUAUACUAUAAAAGUAAUAAUAAGCAAGUUAUAACAUAUGAUGUAGACGAAGAUUGGCAGGAUGAAGAUAUGGAAGAGGAGGAGGAGGCGGAGGUGGAAAAUCAUUCCACAGAAUCAUUAGAAGAGCAAAGAAUUCUACAUGAAGAAAGAAGAUCUGUAAAUAAUCAAACACUUAGUUCUCCUUUACAAAUUAGUAGACCAGAAUCUAGGGAUAAUAUGGAAUCUAUAGAUAGAUUAGAGAAAUCUAAAUUAUCUCAAGACUAUAAAAAUAAUAUAAAUAACGAGGAAAAUGUUGAUAAUAAUAUAAGUCAUGAGAUUGUAAAAAAUGUUGAAAAUAAUUUGUUGUAUACAGUCCUUGGUACAAAGAGACAAACAUCUGUAAAACCGUUACAUACAGAAAAACUCACAGAUGCUCAUUAUAUUAAGAUGGAACAGCUUGAUGAGAAUACCAUACCAGUCGAAGGAACAAUUUAUUAUGAAGGAGAUAACAUAGAAACUUUAUAUGUUGCUCAGGCUGUAGAUGAUAGUGAACAGUAUACGUAUGAUGCUGCACCAUUAGAACAAGAUGAACAAGUAUGGGAAGGGAGUAACUCGGACACCAAUCAAAAUCAAGAGAAAGAAAAUUCUCAAGACCAAAUAUUUUUACAUGAAGACGAAGACGGACAACUAUAUUUUAAGGACGAUAGUGGAAUUUUGCAACCGGUAUAUUUAACUGAAGAUGGUCAUUAUGCCAUUGCAGAAAGUAGCGAUGAUCAUGAGGACAAAGAGCCACAAGUUAAAUCUGAACUGAGUGUCAGACAAAUAGAAGAGGAAUCUGAUUCUGUUCCAGAUACUGAAGUUAAAUCCUCUCAGAGCAACAAACAGACUUCUAUGGUUUCUGCUACUGACCUUGACAACGAGGAUAAUACAGUGACAAUAUCAUUGAUAAUAUCUGAAGAUGAGCAUGGUCAGAAACGAACUCAAGUCAUUAUACCUACAACAGAUAACCUAAAAUGUGAUAUUUGUAACAAAAGUUUUAAGACAUCGUUUCAAUUACUUCGACACAAUAGAUUGAAACAUGCUCGUGAAGAAGAUAUUACAACGAGAAAUUUCCCAUGCGACUUAUGCCCUAAAAGGUAUCCAGAUCAAAAUUCGUUGGCUCGGCACAGAAAGACUCAUACUGGUGACCGACCGUUUCAAUGCCUCGAGUGUCAUAAAAACUUCCCUACGUCAACCGCUCUGCGUCGUCACUUGACGCUCCAUAAUUCACAGUCUCGACCUCUUCCGUGCAUUUACUGUGGUCGCCGUUUCGCAGAGAAAGCCAGUCUGGUCAAACACGAGAAGUUGCAUUUAGCUGGUGAUCAGCGGACCCACACAUGCGACGUAUGUCAUAAGUCAUUCUUACAUGCAACUGAUCUGAGUCUCCAUAAAAAGUAUCACGAUCCUGAUAAGAAAUUUGACUGUGAGGUUUGUGGUCGAGAGUUCAACCGAUUGAACAAUUUGCAGAGACAUAUGAUGGUACAUCAACAACAAGGGGCUAACGAGGAAGUACUCUCAUGUGAUGUUUGUGGCAUCACGUAUAAGUUUAUGAGCUCAUUGACGAGACAUAUGGUAACAACACACAUGAACCCGGAGAAAUUAAGACAACAGGCGGAGGAACAACGAAAGAAACGAGAAAAUAAUUACAGACGUUAUCUGGAAAAUCGAAAAAUGUAUGAAACUCAACACUCGGGUGGAUAUAGUACAAAACGCAAUUACCAGCAUGCGCGUCUGCUCAGCGGUAGUAACGACGAAGCAGCUUGAUUCGUAUUUUCUAAUGAUCAUUGUAUUAUUGGAAUAAUCACCGUGAUGAGACUAUAUAUUUUAAAACGAAAGAAAAGUGAAUGAACAGACAUGUAUAAGUACUGCGCACGAAGAG